CCUCAUCCUCCCGCGCUAAAAUAUUGAAUUUGGGCAGCCGUUCUGAUUCCUUCCUGCUCCACCAAAACCGAACAACUGCCGUCUGCAUUGCCUUCCAAACUCCUAAAUCAAACGAUCACUCGAGAUGGCCAAAGUUGAAAGUCCACAAGUUAGUAGAAGAACCACAAGAGCAUCUCUGAAUUCCACACCAAACUCAAAAGCUCCACAGGAGUAUUCAAAGGCUACUAAUCCUUCAUGGCCAUUGACUAUCAAAGACCUUGUGUUCCGUGGUAAAUCAAUAAGCCUUGAUGAGUUGAUCAAUUCUUUUCCAGGAAGAAGAGCACAGAUUCUUGAAUUGGUCCAGUUUUUGGGCCCUUUGAAUUCACCGAUGAUUCCGUUAUUUGUCUAUGGAGGUGCUUCAACGGGAAAAACAAGCACUGUACUAUAUAUGUUCAGGCACUUGAAGCGUCCGUUCAUUUAUUGUAGUUGUGUCUCUUGUUACAGUCCUAGUAUACUGUUUGAGUCCAUAUUGAAUCAGAUUUUGCUUCAUAGGAAGAAUGAGAGUGGUGGUUAUUUGAGUGCCAAACGGUGUGAAAGACCCUCUGAUUUUGUCAAUUUACUAGGUGAAGCUUUGACUGCUCUCAUAGACAGCCUCAAAGGGAAUAUGGGAAAAUCAAGCCCUAAUGGGAGGAUGGUUUACCUAGUAUUCGAUCAUCUAGAGCUCGUAAGGGAAUGGGAUAAGAGUGAUAGUACAAUACCCCUCUUAUUUAAUUUGUACACCCUUCUUAAAAUCCCUGAGAAUAUGAUUUGCGCCAGAUAUUCAUGAGUAAUCAGGCAAAUCCAAAGCUAUAUUCAUCUUUUAUAGGGUAUGUAUCACACUUAAUAUUUUCAGUGCUUAAAGCAUACUUCUGGCAGAAUUAACUCUAUUUGUAUCCUUGCUUUAUUGUUGGACAGUUCGGUGUUGAGUCAAUUCUAUAGGAUUACAAGACGGGUUGAUGAAUUAUCUACUGCAUUUUCUCCAUUAUUUAAAAAGUAUUGUGAACCACUUGGUGAUUUGGUAGCAGUCCCCA